UCGCACUUUGGAACAGGGUUUUGAAACAUCUGUGCCUCGGUGACUCAAUACCAAUGACCGUAGAUACUCAAUACGGUAUCGAAACGUCAAUAUUGAGCUUCCCGUCGGCAGCACAUAACGGUUUUGAAACCCUUUAUUCAGGCUUGGAUAUGCGCAUGCGUAGGAGGGUUUUACAUGGUCGAUCGAAGCACGCGCUUGUGAGUCCUCAUUACACACAAAUCAUUGUACACGUUUGUAAAUCAUCAUAUCGUUAUAUCGUUCUCGUUCGUAACACUUAACUUUAUCUCUAUAUGAACUUGAAUAACAGGUUAACUCAACCACAAGCGCGAACUAGUGACGGAAAGAAUAAUCUUCCGUCAUGAACGCGUUCAUAGUGAAACGUCAGUAUUUCCUGUUGUGAUGAACGUUUCCUUAUCAAAUGAACUUAUGAAUACAAUACCGCUUUGAAGAAGUGCGCGUAAUGUUUGAAUAUAGGGCAAAAUUAACACAUACCACCUAUUUUAUUAUUUGUGUUGGAUAAAUUUGCAAAUUUCCACUCUUUGGCUUCUAAUUGUGCAAUAUUUGACUUGUUUAUCGACUGAACGAGUCAAGUGUAGCCCCUGCCUUAAAAAAAAAAAAAAAAAUUUAAGCAAGAAGGAAAUGCGCCUGGGAUUGUUUUAAAACUGCUCUGACGUUAAAAGUGUAGAGGUGUCCAUGUUUGUAAGGGAUUAUCUCUUCCUGCUUUGGGUGUGUCUACUACCGCCUGGGUUACAGUACACAUCCACGGUCCCAGUGCUUGAACGCAUGGCCUAAUAGCAGAUCGCUAGAGCUGUCCGCGACAUUUUAAAGAAGUAAAGUGAAAGUGUGAAGAUGGCAAACAGACCAGCCCUGUCCACUGCUGAAGGUGGAGAAGCAGAUGCAAGGAGUAAAAUCAGUGAUUCCUUCUCAUUUUUGGAUGUCCUCCAUGCCAAUCAGUUUGAAGGAGAGUUUGUUGAACCUCAACACGCUGAGCAAGUGGAGGAAAACUUUUACAGAGGGGCCCCACCGAACUGGUUAAACUUCUAUAUCAGUGAACAAGCAGUGUCAGAUGGCAAUGCAACUCCUUUUAUCAAACGAGAUGGAUAUGAAACCCUUAAAGAACAAAUUCACCUGAGAAGAAAAGGCCCUGGGACAUCAACAAUUAAACUGUUUCAUCAACAAGGAUGUGGGGGAACCACACUAGCUAUGCAGGUGCUGUGGGACUUGAGGAAAACCUUCAGAUGUGCUGUUUUGACAGGCUCAACAUUAGAUAUCACAAAAGUUGCGCAACAUGUGGUCAGCCUUUUUACAGCAGGUAGCCAUGGCCACCAGAAAACGGUACUGUUGUUACUAAAUGAUGAGUUCAUAUUGGACAUCCUCCAGGACACGAUUAUGGAAGAGAUUGCUGAACAGGAUAUAGAAAUUGAUUUGCCUGUAGUAAUUUUACUGAACUGUGUGAGAAGCAGUGACGGGAUUAUCCACCAAAAGGCGCGUUCUUAUGAACUGAAACAAAAGUUCAAGACGAAAAUGAGAAAAUCUAUUAUUCUCAAAAAAGCUCUCUCAGACAGAGAGCAAGCAGACUUUGAUAUGAAAAAAGAAGAGCUUGGCAGAAGAUUUGGUGAUCGGUGCAAGCAGUUUCAUGGUUUUAACAUUCUGCAGUCUAAUUUCUCUCAAGCCUACAUCAGGAACGCAUGUGCUACAUUAGAACAUAUCAAAAGAACAAAUAAGCCACUGAAGAUGCAGCUUGCUGCCUUCCUGUGUCUGCUGAACGCCUACGUACCAGGUUCAUAUCUCCUGGAGUCUCAGUGCCUGGACUUCCUCAGAAGAGACAAGUUUGGUCACCUUUCACUGGAGGAUCAAAUGCAGCCUUUCAGUCAUCUGAUCGUCACCUUCCAACAAGGUGAAAGAUCUGAAAAAAAGGUUCGCAUGGCUCACAAUAUGAUAGCUCAGUGUUGUACUGAACUGUUGGCUAAUGCGGGUGUGACCAGAAGUGACACAACAAGACACUUCUUGAACAGUUUUUGCAGAAGUUAUGUUCCUCCAUAUUUACUUGGGUUUAUCAAAGACAUGCUAAAUAAAAGAGAAAUUACGGUAAUAGAGGACCCAACUCAUGGCAUUAAAGAAUGGAAAGAAAAGUUUUCCAGACUGAUUCAAGAUAUUACAAAGAGAGAAGAUGAGGGCAACAGUCUGUCAAUUUUGAUCAUGGCCUCAAAUAAGUUCUAUGAAGUUUCACUUUUUCCACAGACUCUUGCUCGUUUUUAUUAUAUUCAACUAGAAGACUACUACAAUGCAGAAAUCUGGGCAAAAGAAGCAAAGCGGAGGGCUCCUUGGAGUUCAUUUGUUGCAGAUACACUAGGCCAAGUCCAUAAGAGCCACCUAAAGAAGAUGCCCGUUUAUACCAGACCAAGUGAAAUUUUGCAACUGGCCCAAAAAGCCAUUGAAGCUUUUGAAGAUGAAGAAAAACUUGCUAAAAAUGAACAUGCAAAGGGUAAACAAGGAGAUGGGAAUGUAAAAGUCUUGCGUGCUUUAAACACCAGAGGGCUGUUUGGUUAUCUGGAAGUUUGCAGCCUGUUGUAUGACCAUCUUAUCAGACAUGAUGAACUUUGGAAGCAAGUUCUCACAAGAACCGUGUCACUGGACUCUGUCCUGAAAUCCACCGGAGAUAGGAACAUUGUCAGGUUUAAGGAGCUAAUAAACAGCCUCAGAGAUUUGGUUGAGAAAAGAUUUGAAUUUUUUGACACGUUUUUAACUUAUUCAUAUUCUGUUGUUAAAAGAGACGAUUCAUUCUACAUUUCCAGAAAGACAAUAGAAUGCUACAAAAAGUAUGUUGGAGACGCAGAACCAAAUGAUCAACUCCAGAAAACCUUCCACAAACUUAAACAGAAACUGGCUGUCACUUCUCCGGGAGUACUUUCAUGUCUUGAAAGAUGCACUAGAUCAGACACCAAGGACAUUGCUGUAUGGUGGAAAGAAAUCUGCCAACACAAACAUUCUGCUACACAUGCCUUACUCAACUACGUUCUGGCCAAUAUCAUGCUGAUAAAUCUGAAAGAACCUCCGUCCAGCUCCGACUACCAAAGCAGCUUUACAGAUAAAAUGCCAUUGGCUCCUGAGAUGCAACCCCGAGUUUCACAUGUUAGCUCUGCUGUUGUGUUGGCCUACAGAUGGUGAAGACGAAU